AGUUGCUGUGCAUGUGCUUGUUCUCAGGGCUGUUAUACAUCUUUUCUUUGCUGCAGUGGAUCCAUAACUGAUGAUUACAAGUUGCGUGAGCGACAUAUUGAUCCUGUACUAACUGCUCUACAAGAACAAGUGGAUGUAUUUACUGACACUGGACAGAAUGUCAAGAUAUUUCAAUGUGUUGCUGUCUUUUGGACUAUUCUACCCCCUUCUGCUGGCUGCAGGGGCAGUUGAAUGUUCGGAGAAGGAAGCGUUGCUCAAACCGAGGUCCCACAAGGUGUUGGCCACACACCUAACGAACUGUUUGAUAGAGUGCACUGGGAUGACUUUCAAGAAACUCCAACUCCGGAACAACCAUAAUAUAAGGCUUGAAGAUUCCACGGAAGGGGAGCUCGGGGAGUACUGUUGGUCUACGGAGCUCAAGUGCACCAUCGGAGAGAGGUUUCAGGUGGCCUAUGUGGUGUUGCCCGUGGAUAUAACUACAGUGGCACACGAGCAGCUUGAAGUCCGAGCCACCGACCCGACUGCCGCCACGCUGCUCGCACACGACAACCCCACCACGUUGGCAGACACCUGUGGCCUCAGGUACGACGUCACGCCACACUUUACUACGGAGAGGGCGGGCACGUCGUUCUGCAUACAGGUGGUCGUCCAGGAUGCCGUGCUCGGGGACGGAGUUCUUCGAUGUCCUCCCUUUCUGGUCACCUUCUGGCAGCGGAACCAAGACCUGGCCAAUCAGGAAGGAGAAUGAAAUCUCAGAGAUGGAAGAAGUACUCAGAUCUUGUACAUAAGUAAAAGUACUAAUCCUGUGGUGAUGAAAUACUGGGCUACAAAUACAAGUCCUGCAAAUGUUACACUCUUAGAAGUAAUGGGUCAUUUUGUGAACACAUCUGCUGCGUCAAGGGCACGUUAACACAUUUUGUGUCAUUUAUGUAUCCUUAGAACACACACUUGUGUAGUAUGACAACAGAUCUGCCCACACAUGUGUGUGUUGUUGAGCACGGCAAAAUAUGUUUGUUGAAAUUCAGUUUAUUACAUUUUUUAUAUUUAAUGUAUAAAUAAGUGAUCUGAAAAUGGACGUAAAAUCAAACUAUUGGUUUCUAAAUAAACUAAAAUAUAAAAUGUAUACCCUCCUGAGACACAGUAAAGCGGGAACGGCGGACUGCCUUGACCAAUCGGUUGAGCGAUUUCAAAUGUGUUAAAUUGCAACUGUUAAACUGCCCUUUUCCUCUGAGACGUCCAUCUUCAGUGGCCAGCCACUGAAGAUGAACGUCUCAGAGGAGGACAAUCCAGCACUUGUAUUACAAAUACAUGUAACGCCUUUGGAAAAAAGUUGACUUUUAAAUGAAAUAUUUAAUAAAGACUUAUGAUUGUA